AGAAGACUUGCAAGGAUGAGCGCAUGGAUCAUUACAGGAAGUGUUAUAAUAACAGCAGGUCAGAGAACAGAGGAAGCACACCCAGACCCAGAAGCAGAAGACCAGACCACAGAAAGGGGGAGCGAGAGCCUCUGAGACACGGCAUUGAGGAUGCAACAAGUAAACAAGAAUGGAGGAAAAGGUCAAAAGCAGAAGGUGGUGAUUGGUGAAUGCCUCCAAAGUUUUCUACGAAAUGACAAAACCGUGACUGGGGGUAUGGACAUGGUUUGAUGUGCCGUGUACCCUCUCGUUUUUAUACUAAACACCGACCAAAAAGCGAGCUUUCUCGCCAGUUGCCCCACCCACUCCUAUAUGUAAUAUAUUCCAACGUUCAGGGCCAUCUCCACAGCCCUUCGACACCUGUGGGCUGUGUGUGGCGUGGUCUGCCUUCUGCCGUUGAACGUAGGAGCCUGGAGCCCUGAUUCUCGCGCUGCUGCUCCGGCGAUGGCCGCCGGGUGGCCUAGUCUUGGCAUUCUCGGGCUGAGUCAAAGCUCACGAGUGUGCCUUCACAUGACCCACUUCCACUUGCCAUCGGACGGCUAUAAAUAAAUGCCCAGUGCCCCAGCCUAUAAUAUGGUUGUCUACCGUAAACCCCGGGGGCCCCACCCCAAGCAUCCAGAUGGGACCAGACAGAAAGUAGGCCAAUAAUUCUCAGUGGCAAGAGCAAGAGGAAAAAACGUGGAAACGAGCAGAGAAACACAGCAGCAAUAGCAAUGGUAACUGAGGUACUACCAUGAAAACGGUAAAAGCUUCUAUCUUUUUCUAGUUUUUUUCUAUUCCCAAAUAUUCUCCACUCCUUGACGGAAAGCAACGGCCGGCUUUUUGUCGGUAUCUGCAACGCAGCUCUGGAGGGCCCAUGGAAGUUUGGAUUUUCGCUCUAAAGUUCACGAGCAAAUGUUCCAUCCUCGUCACUCUGCAACAACAUUACAUUACUCUCUAUCUCUCUCAUCCUCUCUCUUUCUCUCUUAUCCCCUCCAUGCUUCUUCCCGUGAUACAAGCAUGUCUCGUAAUUCCAUGGCUUCCACAUCUUCGUCCUCCCCUCCUCCUAAUUGCCAUGACCGCAAGAAAUUAGACGUUGAAUCCAUACGGCUACUUGUCAUCUCUGUUAAUCAACAUAUUCUCCAAUUCUUAACAGACCCAGAUACCCGUAAGUCUCUACGCUUAAGAUGCACCUCCAAGCUUAAGAUUCAGAAGCAGGAGUUCUUUGAAUUCUCUGAGCAGUCGGUCAUGUCAAAUCUCUUCUGGGGCAUCGAGAACGUGGAGGCUGCAAUUCAGUCUAGGCUGCCGGAAGAGAGAGCCUCACGGCUGAAAGAUUCAGAACAGAUGCUCCAGGUUCCGGCAUUGCUCGACGAGCAUGGAACCACGGGUGGAAUUCCGAAUCGUCACUUGGUCUGCUAUUCCUACUUCUACCUCUCUCUGGUUCGGAAGCUCCAGCAAGACGAGUGGCAAGUGGCAUUGCACUUCCUCCAAGCUCUGCUGGUUUCCCCAAGGCUUGUUCGCCUUGAAUUUGCAACCAACCUCUGGGAAAACAUCUUUCUUUCUCAAAUUAUGUCCAGAAGGAGUGGAGUGGGUGGGUGGAGAAGGUUGCAUUCUGAGCGUCUCGUUGAUUAUAGCGAGGAUACGAUUGAUGAGGCCACGAGGCAGCUGGCAAGGAGAUACAAGAACUGGUUGAUGUAUUAUCAGGUGACAUUAUAUGGAGAGACACAUAAGCUGCACUGGGGCUGCAGUGUUGCUUCUCCUAUGGAGAACGAGUCAAGAGAUUCCAUGUACGGAAAGAGCACUGGCACCAGGUAUAUGGACUCAAUCGAACAUGGAACUAGCAGGAGAAUUUAUCAAGACCUUGGAAAGGUCUAUCCACUUGAUCUUCAAGAACAUAACAUUGAUGAGAUGGUAGACAAAGCCAUGGUAUCUACAUUCAGUUCAGAGAAAAGGAAUACCCAUCUCCAAGAUGAUAGCAGAAAUCUUCUUAAAAAAUUAAAAGAAAUUGGUGACAGGGAAAUCAAAAUGAGCUUAGGUGUCAAAUGCCUUCAGGAUAUGCUAGAGGAGUCUCAAUCAGCUACUCCAACUUCUGUUUACUCAUUUAGUGAUUCUGAUGAAGAAAGUGAUUCAAAGGAAAAAAUGGAUAUAAGUGAAAUUUCAGAUAGAAUUGUGGCAACAAAUACAGUUGAUUCACAACCAGAAAAUGGUGAUAGGAUGCUGCAAUCAUUUUGCGCAACAUCAAAUCUAGAAUGUGUAGAGGUAGCUCCACCAGAAUUUAUUGAAUGUUUGAUGCAUGAAGAAAUCCCUGAAAUUAAUACCAAUUAUUUCUUUUCUACCAGAUCCUGUAGUCCCAUCGAAGACCUUAACCUUUCUGACUCAGAACUGAGAGACAUAUAUCCACAUACAUUUUGCAAUUGCCAUAUGGAGGAAAUUCGAAGAAAGCAGUAUGAUUUUGGAUUUUGUGGCCAUAUGCCAGCUACAUAUCUGCAGAGAUGUUGCUUCACCACGAUGGAUAACCAGGAGGCUUCUGCAAAGAGAAGCCCAGACUCAAAUAUCAGGAACUCCAGUGAAGUAUUCUUACAUAAAGAGGAAGAUAAUCAAAUGGAAAUUCUUGGAAUAUUUGAGAAAGCAGUUUCAACACUGAGCUUAUUGGGAGAGGAAGGGAAAUGCAAAAAUAGUGCAGAUAGUGGACUUGAAUGGGGGAUAUUGACCAAUAGAAAAGAGACAGAAUUUCGCCAACUAAAGGAUGUGAUCCUUGAUCAAUUGAUAAAUACUAUUUCAAAUUCAAAAGAAGAGGGGAUAAUAAGGGCAUCAAUGUCUAUGCUAUCAACUUUGAUUUCAGAGAACAGGUCAGUAAUAGAAGAUAUUAAGAUAAAGGGCCUACAUUUGUGUGAUUUGGCAAGUGCUCUAAAAAGAAAUGUUCACGAAGCAGCCAUCCUUAUCUAUUUGAUAAAUCCAUCACCUACAGAAAUUAAAGAUUUAGAACUUUUACCAGCACUGUUGGACAUCGUGUGCAAUUCAAAUAGAUAUAAGCAAGGGUCUAUAUCACUUAUGCUGACACCUCCUGCAGCAUCAUUAAUGAUGAUUGAAGUAUUGGUAACUGCAUUCGACUAUGCUACUAACAAUAUGCAUUUGGCCACAAUCAGUUCACCUCAGAUUCUCUCUAAACUCAUCGAUGUUGCAACAUAUAAGAGUUUGGAUGAGUUCAUUUCUUUGGCUCACAUCCUUGUAAAAUGCAUGCGGUUUGAUGGAAAUUGCAGAAAUUUUCUAUCACAAUGUAAUGGGUUAGAUCAGUUUAUCAGUCUUCUAAGAAGUCAGGAAAAGCAUGCCAAGUUUGCUGCACUUGAAUUUUUUCAAGAAAUUCUUCAGAUGCCACGGUCAUCAGCCAUUAGCCUGUUGCAUCGAAUACGACAAACAGGAAGCCUUAACAUUAUGCAUGUGCUAGUGUCUGGCAUCCAACAGUUACAACCACGACAUCGACUUUUGGCAGCAAAUCUGUUGCUCCAACUAGACAUGCUGGAAGAACCAUCUGGUAAAAGUAUAUUUAGAGAAGAGGCUAUGGAGGUCCUCCUGGAGUCGAUUGCAUAUGAAGAAAGUUUUGCUACACAGAUAUUAUCUGCAUCCAUUCUAUCAAAUGUUGGUGGAACUUAUGCUUGGACAGGCGAAUCAUAUACGGUGGCAUGGCUGUUAAAAAGGGCAGGUUUAACUUCAUUGUGUCACUGGAAUAUGAUUAAAAAUGUUGAUUGGUUGGAUCACAGUCUACAGGAUGACAGCAUAGAUCCAUGGUGCAGCAAGGUUGCCCGAAGCAUGAUUAAGAUAGGGAAUCCUGUCUUCCAUGCUUUGGAGAAGGGACUGCAGAGUAAAAUAAAGAGUGUAUCACGGGACUGUCUCACAGCUAUUGCUUGGCUAGGAUGUGAAAUUGCUGAUGGUCCAACCAACCUCAAAUUUUCUGCCUGUGAGAUAUUAUUGAAUAGAAUAGAACAGUUUCUGCACCCAGGAUUGGAAAUGGAGGAGAGACUUCUAGCAUGUCUAUGCAUAUAUAAUUAUGCUUCUGGUAGAGGCAUGAAGAAACUAAUUCAUCUUUCAGAGGGGGUUCGAGAAUCACUGAGACGUCUUUCAAGUGUCACCUGGAUGGCCGAGCAAUUACUGAAAGUAACUGAUUAUUUCCAACCCAUUACAUCGCGUGUUUCUUGUGUACAUACACAAAUCCUGGAGGCAAGUCAGAACUGCAGUGGGGCUGCAAAUGCUCUCAUCUACUACAAAGGACAGCUUUUCAGUGGUUACUCAGAUGGCUCAAUUAAGGUAUGGCACAUCAAGGGACAAAGGGCCACUCUUGUAUGGGAUAUCAAGAAGCACAAGAAGGCAGUCACAUGCUUUGCACUUUUUGAACCAGGGAACAGUCUUCUGAGUGGAUCUUCUGACAAGACAAUCAGGGUUUGGCAAAUAAUUCAACGGAAACUGGAAUGCGUUGAAGUGAUAGAGACAAAGGAGCCAGUUUGUAAAAUAGAUACAAGUGGACAACUAAUUUUUGUAUUAGCUCAAAGCCGUGGUAUAAAGGUGUUUGAUGAAUCUAGAAAGAUGAAAGUUAUAUGCAACAAUAGACAUGUGAAGUGCAUAUCUGUAAUUCAAGGAAAAUUUUAUGUAGGUUGCUUGGAUUCAAGCAUACAGGAGGUAGAUAUAAUGAGCAAUCGGGAGAGAGAGAUCAAAGCACCUGGAAAGAGCUGGCUAUUACAAAAAAAGCCCAUCAAUGCACUUCUUGCUUACAAGGACUGGCUGUACAGUGGAAGUUCCAAUAUUGAAGGUUUAAAUUUCAAGGAACAGAGAAGACUUAACAAGCCUCAAAUGUCAAUAACAACAGAGAAAGGAGCGGUUGUGCAAGCAAUGGCAGUAGUAGAGGACUUCAUAUACUUGACUUGCAGCUCAUCUCCAAGCAUCCUUCAGAUAUGGUUGAGAAGUACCCAAAAGAAAAUAGGAGGAUUGUCAGCAGGCAGCAAGAUAACAAGUCUCCUCACUGCAAAUGACAUUGUUUUAUGUGGUACAGAGACUGGGUUGAUUAAGGGCUGGAUCCCUCUCUGAUGGGCAACUUAAGUGGAACGAUGAAGCUUGGAUAUCUAUAUCAGAAUACGUAUAUGAUACUUGUGAAUAUUGACAGGAAGUUGAUUGUUUGAUUCAAUUCCGUCACCAUGAAGAAAUUUAGCAGUCUUGCGAGUGGUGGUGGAGACUACUAUGGAAUAAGGAAGUGUACGAUAGUACAAUAUCAACCAUGAACAUACUCUCUCGGAUGAAUGUUAGUUGUGUACAUCGACUGUAAAUGCAUUUUGAAGAUUAAAGCGAAAAGGAAAAGAAAGAGAAAGUUCAGUGUUUUUUUCA